GAGGAGAAGAUAAAAAUAAUGAAAGAAAAAAGCAAACUAGCAAAAGGAAUUUACAUAGACGACGACCUAACGAGAAAAGAGAGAGAAAUACAACAACAGAUAAGGAGGGAGGCAAGAGUAAGAAGGGAAAAAGGGGGAAACGUAAACAUAAGGAUAGGAUAUAGGAAAUUAAAAGUGGGAGACAGAUGGUACAUAAAACGUUCCACUUUUCUUUGUAUCCGACACAUACGCUACAUAUACGUUAAACUCGAUUGUUCGAAAUAAUAAUAAUAAUGUUUGACUGGUUAUUGUUGUACGGUGAAUGUUUUUGCGAUUUCAAUGACAUCUCGAGUCGAAGCUUUGCACAUAAAAGAGCGAUUCGAUUUUCGGCAAGAAAUUGUAUCUACAUGGAUUGUCAUGAUUUUUAAUCGAUCAAUUCAUUUUAUAUAAACGUAUCUUUAUAUAAAUACUUUUUUAUCAAGGUCAAAAUACAAAUCAAUUUAGUAAGAAAUUCUGAAAAGAAAUUUUUUCUGUAGCCUUCUAUAAAUUACGUUUAGAUUAUUUUGACAUAGACUUUACACAAAUAUCUUUAUGUCUUAUUAGUGUCUCCUUCGUUGAAACGUAUGUAUGUGUCAAUAAAUAUCAACAACAAGAAGUUAUUGUUAAAAUGUCGUUAAUAAUAACUAUGCAUAUACAUAGAUUUUUAAAUAAUUCUUAGAAAAUAGUAGCUGAAGAAAGCAAUAAAUGUGCUAACAAUUAUUUGAUAAUAUUUAAAGAUUUGAAUUAGACUUUGAUGAUGUUUUAGAAACAUAUUUAAAAUUUUGCUAUUUAAUUUUUAAUUAGUAUCGUGUGUAUCUUACGUAAGUACUACUCGCAAUAUAAUAAACAUGAGUUAUGGUAUAUUCAUCAAUACUGAUAAACAAACGAAGGAGAUAAACAUAUUAUUAAACCAUAAUGUCUGUGAAAAAAUAAUUUAUCUACAACUCCACAGAGAAAAAGUAAUAUAGUAAUUUAUUACGUCUUUUAAGUAAAUCUUCAUUUAGAAGUAAAUAUGCAUAUCAAUGGGUCGCGCAUAAGAAAGGACGCUACAUAUAUGACAAACAAAAUUCUCAAUUCACAUUACGAAACGCAGCUAGAAGAUUUCAGAACAUUAUUCGUACGUGAAAAGAAAAAUACAAGAUUUUUAUUUUGUAUAUUUGUAAGUACAUACAUACAUAUUUUUCUAUGGAAUUGCUAUCUUUGUUGAUAAAACAGAAUGAUCAAACAUAGAUCAUGUCAAUGUAACAGAAAAUAAUCGUCAUAAAUAAAGUCACGUACUCGUGAAAAUUUAGUUAGUUAAUUUGUGAAAUCUAUUAGAUAUUUUUACUUCCAAAAUGUAAAAUUUUAAUAGAAAAAAAAAAAAAAAACAAUUUUAAGCUAACUCUUCAGACGUUUCAGUAGAAAAUACCCAUACCGACAGUUCUUAGAGUCCGAUCUACAAUAAUCAACAAAUGUGUAUAAGAACAGACGAGAUAUGUAUAAGUCGCUUAAUCUGUCACAUAAUGAACAGCAAUAAAAUCGUUCGUGUAAUCAAUCAAUUAUGACGAUACCAUCUAUGAUAAUGGAAUUAUCUGAGAAGUAUAUAUCAAUCUCUUACAAUACCAUGUAAAAUUCAUUACCUUAAAACUGUUUAUGGAAAGAAGCGAUAAUAUUUAUAACCUUAAUAACGUGACAUGUGACAUUUAAUAAAUAAAUAGGUUGUAUCCUUUUAUUAUAUCGUUCAUAAUUUUUAUCGUAACUUUAAGUUCAUAUUUUUAAAGUGUACAAUAUGGAAAAAUUUUAAUCGAUGAAUAAAUACCGAUAAACAUGUAUGAAACAAGUUUGGCAAUUUACUUUAGUCUUAUUCCUGUGAAUUACAUCUGACUCGAAUUUAUAGUCAAUAUUCUAAACCUCUCCCGCGCGCAUUAGAUCAUUUUCUUAAUCAAGAAAACACAUUAGUUCUUUGUCAUCACAUUUUUUUUGUUCCACCAUAUUACUACUUAUCUAUUCACCUAUCUAUUAAUGAUGUACAUAUUCGUCAGUGUUCUAUUCUUAAAUAACUUCUACUGUUGUAUGUACUAUUUCUCAUUAAUAAAGAUAAUUUGUGUAACGUAAAAAAAUUAUUUGAUAUUGCAAGAAACAGGAGUAUAAUGUAAAAGUUAUUAUAAGUUGAAGGCAAUGAAAAGUAUACUGUGAAACUAGUUUAACUUAAUUACGUAUGUUUAGUUAUCUAUUGAUAAUUUUGUACAAUACUGUUAACAAUGUCUGACAAUAUUUUAAACGAAAAAGCUGAGAAUUGUGUUUCUCAUGAUCCUGAAUAUGACGAUACACUGGGUGUACCUGAUUCAUUAGAAAUUACUAUAAACGAAAAUGAAAAUAUUAAUUCUAAUAAUGAUACAGAUAAUAGUGAACGUCCUGGUGUGAUACCUUUCUCUGCUAUACACGACUUACCAAAAAAUUUUAAAAGCCAGUAUCGUAAUGUUUUUAUUCCUGGUGAAGAAGUGCAUGUGGACAUUAUAGACAAUGAACGUAGCGUAACAACUCAUCCAUUGAAUCCAAAUUUGUACACUAUCCAAUUUAGGCAUGGACCAUUUAUUUGGACAAUUAAGAAACGAUAUAAACAUAUCCAAAAUUUGCAUAAUCAACUAAAAAUAUAUCGCACCAGUUUAAAUAUACCUUUCCCAACUAAAGGUCACAAAGAAAGAAGAACUAGUUUAAAAAGUUUGGGGGAUACAAAAGAAGGGAAAGGUCGUAAAGGUGCACUACCAAGAUUUCCAAAUAAGCCUGAUGUUUUAGUACCUUAUGAGCAACUAGAACAUAGGAAAAAAGUAUUAGAAGAGUACUUAACUAAUUUAUUAAAAAUAAAAAUUUAUUUGCACCACCCAGAAACAGUCGAUUUUUUAGAAGUCUCACAUUUGUCAUUUAUAGAAGAUUUAGGAAUGAAAGGCAAAGAAGGAAUUGUUUUAAAACGAACUGGAUCAGGUGCAAGAAGUAGAUGUAACUUCUGUGGUCUUCUUGAGGGCAUGUGUUGUAUUAGAUGUACUCAUUUCUGCACAUUUCUAUGUAGAAAAUGGCAUUCUCGACAUCUUGUUGUUAAAGAUACUUUUGUUGUCUAUAUUGAACCCAAAAAUGGUAGCAUAAAAUCGGUGAUUCUAAUGGAUAAUGGUUUCGGAAUCAGUUUUGGUCUGUAUACAACAGGAUUAAGAAAUGGUAUACAAAUAGUAAAUCUCAGUAGGCACAUACUAAUUAAGUGCUGGACAAGAAGAAAGGCCAAAGAAUGGCUAGAAUUCAUACAAGAAGUUAGUAACAGGGAAGGUCGAGACUUUAUACAAUCGAAUCCGCACAACUCGUUUGCACCUUAUCGUUCCCCUAUUCCAGCCACAUGGUUUGUAGAUGGAUCAAGUUAUAUGUCUGCUGUUGCAGACGCGUUAGAAGAUGCAAAAGAAGAAAUUUUUAUUGCGGACUGGUGGUUAUCACCUGAGAUUUAUAUGAAAAGACCAGCUAUUCAUAGUGAUUACUGGCGAUUAGAUAACAUUUUACAAAGAAAAGCUUUUGAAGGAAUCAAAGUAUAUAUAAUGAUCUAUAAAGAAGUAGAAGUCGCACUGGGCAUAAACAGUUUCUAUAGCAAACAACGACUAGUUGAAAAAUGCCCCGAAAACAUAAAAGUAUUACGUCAUCCAGAUCACGCGCGAGUGGGAGUGUUUCUAUGGGCACACCACGAAAAAAUUGUAGUUGUUGAUCAAAGUAUUGCUUUCCUUGGAGGAAUUGAUCUAUGUUAUGGUCGAUGGGACAACAAUGAACAUAGAUUAAUAGACUUAGGCAGCACCCAUCAUUCCAGUAUUUAUAUUCCGUCUAAAGGUAGAUUUACCAAUACCAGCAGUAAAAAGGUAUCAAAUGCCAAUGUAAAUAAGCAUGUUUUAUUACCAUUGGCUAUUGCAACUAACACAGUUGUGAUGGCUACUACCAAAUCUAUACCUGUAUUGCCAAUUAUAAAUAAUAAGACGUCGAUUUCGCCGUUCUCGACAUCACAGUUAAAUGCUGGUGAUUUAUUACUAUUACAACCAAUAGCAGAAUCAGAUACUAUGAAAUGUGAUACACCUAAUCUGGAACGUAAAAAUUUAUUUGGGAUGGCAAAAAACACCAUGGAUAGAAUGAAACACAGUAUUAAGUUGAAAAGACAAGAAUUAAUUAAUAUGGUGUAUAAUCCACACGAAGAAGAUAGUGAUGAGGAGAAUGUUAUGACUACCUAUACAACGCAAACUCCAAUUGAAACUAGUCAGUCACUAGCAUAUAGCAAAGAUGAAGUUUCAGAAUAUCCAGGUGUAGCUAAAUUAUGGCUGGGAAAAGACUAUGUAAAUUUUAUUGUUAAAGACUUUAAUGAUCUCGAAAAACCUUAUCAAGAUCUAGUAGAUAGGAGCAACACUCCCAGAAUGCCAUGGCACGAUAUAGGAGUUAUGGUACAAGGUGCAACAGCAAGAGAUGUUGCCAGACAUUUUAUUCAACGUUGGAAUGCAAUUAAGAUGGAAAAAGCAAAAUUAAAUUCAUGUUAUCCAUUCUUGCUUCCUAAAACGUACAAUAAUUGCAGUAGCUCUGUACCAUUUAUUGAAAAAUCUACUAUACACAACGUCAACUGUCAAGUAUUAAGAUCAGUUAGUUCUUGGUCUGCUGGUUUUCUCGACUCACAAACAAUAGAGCGAAGUAUUCAAGAAGCUUAUAUUGAGGCUAUUAGUAAAGCAGAAAGGUAUAUAUACAUAGAGAACCAAUUUUUUAUAACGCUUGCAUCCAUGCAACGAUCUGCAGUAAAAAAUCGUAUUGGAGAAACAUUAUUGAAACGCAUUUUAAGAGCACACCGUGAAGGUGCAGUAUUUAGAGUAUUUGUAAUAAUGCCUUUAUUACCAGGUUUUGAAGGCGAAGUUGGAGGACCAACUGGUACUGCUCUACGUGCUAUUACUCAUUGGAAUUAUGCUUCUAUAUCAAGGGGUAGAGAUGCUAUCUUAAGUCGGCUAAUUGAAGCAGGAAUAGAGGAUCCUAGAGAGUACAUUACAUUCCAUGGUUUAAGGACGCACGCAAUGUUAAAUGGUACAUUAGUGACAGAAUUAAUAUAUGUUCACAGCAAGCUAUUAAUUGUGGAUGAUAAUACUGUCAUCUGUGGUUCUGCUAAUAUUAAUGAUAGAAGCAUGACAGCAACAAGGGACAGCGAAAUUGCAGUGAUAAUUCAUGAUCAAGAAUUCGAAGAAGGAAGAAUGAAUGAUAUACCGUUUCCUUGUGGUAAAUUUGCAGGAUCAUUGCGAAAACAAUUAAUUUCUGAACAUUUGGGAUUAUUUAAAACAAAUGAAGAUAUAGAUGUAACUGAUAUAAUUAAAAAAUCAUUCUACAAAGAUGUAUGGUGUGCUAGGAGUAAUCGAAACACAGAAAUCUAUGAAAAAGUAUUUCAUGUUAUUCCGACAGAUAAAGUUGUUAAUUUUUCUAUGUUAAAGCAAUAUCAAGAUGAGGAGCCACUUUCUUCAUCAAAUACACUUUUGGCCCAAGAAAUGGUUGAACAGAUUAAGGGUCAUUUAGUAAACAUGCCAUUGCACUUUUUAUGCAAUGAGGAUCUGAAACCAGCUGCUGGUACAGUAGAAGGAAUGAUGCCAACAGCACUGUGGACUUAAAUCUUUGACAUUCGAAUUUAAUAUUAAUGAAUUCAGUGAUUUUAAUAUUUUUUACAAUUGUAUACAAGUUAAUCUAUUUUUAAGUAUUUUAUUGACCAAAGUACAAACGAUCACUCUGUGCUUAUGAUUAGAUAUUUCAUUAUAUGUAUAAACUGCUAGAAUUAAGGUUGUAUAUCACUAUUAUUUAAAGCAUUUAGAAUAUUUGAGAACAUAAAGAAUUAAGACGAAUAAAAUGCUAAUGAAAAUUCAAGUCAAGAUGAUACUUGGAUUGUUACUUAUGCAUUAAAUUGAUCAUAAUUGUA